CUCUCCUCUAACUCCCCUAAACUUCCCUCAGUGUCCAGAUCACCACUCAACCUGGAACCAUGGAGAAUAACCACCAGUGCAGCAGCCUGCAGCCUCUCUGCAAAGACGUCGAGCUGGGGAAGGAGAAAAACGCCAGAUAUCGGAGUUACCAGCGUGGAGCCCUGAUUCUGGGGUUGGUUUUCCUGAUGCUGGCUGUUUGUAUCUUUAGCCUGAGAUACUUCUGCAACUCCAGCCCUGCGAAGGUUUAUGAUCAUAAAUAUAAGGCUAUUCUGGACGGCGUGGAGACGGAGAGCGUGAUGGAGAUUGACCCGGCCGAUCAUGUGGAGAUAUUUAGAGUGGGAAACGGCACCAACGAGGUUCUGGAGGUCCACGAUUUCCAAAAUGGAAUCACCGGAAUCCGGUUCGCCAAACACCAGAGAUGCUACAUCCGAACCCAGACCAAGGAGCUGCCCAGCCCGGCGGAGGUGGAGCUGAAGGACGCCGAGCUGGAGGUGAGCGAGACGGGGGACGUGGACCUGCAGGUGGUGGACUCUCACGUCUGGAUCCCGGCGGAGAAACCCAUCACUGACAGAGCGUUCCUCAUCAACUCCAAGAUCUGGGAGAUCUGCCAGGAUAUUCCCAUCCACUGGAUCCACCCCUCUCCUCUCACGGAUGCUGAAUUCCAUGAUGUGGAGGAUGUGGAGGAAGUGCGCCACGCCCCAGAGGGCCAGACUCGGGGAGCACGCCAGGCUAGGGACGUCAUGGACCAAUUGCCAGUAAAUGACUAUACUGAAAACGGACUUCAGCUGGACAGCUCUCUGGACGAUCAAGGCUACUGCUGCCAGUACUGCCGGCGCGGCUACCGCUACUGCCGCCGCUACCACGAGCCCCUGCUGGGCUACUGGCCCUACCCGUACUAUUACCAGGGCGGUCGGGUCAUCUGCCAGAUCGUGAUGCCCUGCAACUGGUGGAUCGCUCGUAUGCUGGGACGAAUCUGAAGACCCUGAGAGCGACGGGUUGGACGACUAGCGGUGCUGCUCAAUAAAACAGAUUGAGCUCUAUUAUGAGUCUUUUUGAUUGUGUCCAAACUACAUCCAUGGAAAUGUUACAUGAUUAGCAUUGAUUCACAAUACUGAGUUUAAUAUCCACACUCAAACAUUUGUUUCUUCUGCCUUGGACAUUGAAUUUCUUAUAAAAUGUUUUUUUGGUCGUAACAUAUUUAAAGUGAAUGCAGUCUAAAUUAGCUAUGGCUACUGUGUACACUGAUCAUGAAGUAGCUAGCUAUGCUAAUCCAAAAGCCCAACAGGCUAUUUAACCUUAUUAACAGCUAUUUAGAGUAUAGCUAAUUAGCUUUAACAUGAAAUAAAACACAGCACCAAAAGAUGGAAGUGUUUUAAAGGUUAGCCAGUCAGCUAACAACAUUAGUGUAGUUAGCCUAGCUGGGCACUGUAGUAUUAAUACUCUUGUCACAUUUAUGAUCAUAAAGUAGCUAGCUAUGCUAAUACAACAGUUCAACAGGCUAUUUAAGCUUAUUUACAGCUAUUUACACAUACAAAGCUAACAGAAUGUUAAGAGUUGACAUAUGGAUGAUUUGUUUGGCGUUUUAUAUUUAGCUCCUUCAACCACAGACGCAGCUCCCCUUCUUUUUUUGAAGGUGGUGAUUAUAAGCUAUAUGUAGCUUUAAAUCACAUCCAUCUUUUUGUGUUCUGCUUUGUUUGAUGCCAAAGCUAAUUAGCUAUGCUCUAAAUAGCUGUUACAACAUUAUAUACAAACUCUAUCAAGUUUUUUGCAGGAUUUUUCAGUAAGUCUGAUGUUAGCUAAAUUGCUAAAAUGGCCAACAUGACAAAAUAUCGAAUGAGUUGUUAGUCAGUCAGCUAACAUUAGUGUAGUUGGCCUAGCUGGGCACUGUAGUAUUAAUACUCAUCACAUUUAUAUGCUGGUUUGGACAUUGGAAUUUCAAUUAGCAUUUAAAACAUUAUUUUAAUGGUCUUUUAAUUGUCGACAGUGUGUGCUGCCGCUUUGGACACUGAUCAUAAAGUAGCUAGCUAUACUAAUCCAACAGUUUAACAGGCUAUUUAACCUUAUUUACAGCUAUUUACAUACUUACGUAUGAACACUUUAUCUUUAGCUCCUUCAACCACAGAUGCAGCUCCCUUUCUUUUUGUGUUGUACUUUGUUUUAUGUGUGGAAGCUAGAUAUCUCUGCUCUGAAUAGCUAUUUAGCUUUUAAUAAGGUUAAAUAACCUGUUGGAAUGUUAAGUUAGCCUAGCAAGCGACUUUAAAUAUGAUACGACCAUGCAUGGCGAUGUUUAAAGCACAAUUCUCCUCUAUAUUUUGUUUUUAGGAUGCCCACUUACUCAUAAGACUAGAAAUGAGAAUCAUAAAUAUAAAAAAAUAAAACUAAUAUAAUUGGGCUGGUGUGGCCUUAAAAUAUCAUGCAAUAUCUGAUAAUUAAAACAAUGGAAGGGCCAAUUAGCUGGCAGACAAGGUGCGUAGAUACAUGUAUAUUUUGCCAUUAUCACACAAUCACUAUCUAACCAUUAUCUUUUUAUCAGCACAAUAUAAUCCCAUUCAUUUGUGCAAUAGACCCUCAAAAAGUGUUUUGUUUUACUAUAUUCUGGUGCUCUGGAGAGGAAGUAAAAAGCUAAAAUCUCUUUAUACUGCUCUUCAGUUGAGAAAAGAAAAUCGAUUAUCAUUAUUAUUGUUAGUAGUGUUGUUGGGCUGCUCUAUAAAUUAGCAGUCUUCAGGUCUUCCUGCACUAUCCUCUGGGCUCUUGUUCAGUUUAUCUUAUAAUCUUCUGUGGAUGAGAGGCAUUGUAUUAUUAAUACUAAUAAUAAACCUGUAUAGAUAAUGUAGAUUUGGAGCAGUGGUUCUCAAACUGUAUUUUUGUGUACAGGAUGUUUCAUAUAUGAACAAUGCUAAUCAAAAUUAAAUUCUGUUAAGUUUAAAAUUGUGCUUUUGUGCAUUAGGGUAACACUCCUAAUGAAUCCUUUCUUCAUAAUGUAAUAUAUACAGUAAAAUAUAGUAUACCUUACUAUACCUGUUGCAGCUCAGCCAAUCUCCCUCCCUCCUGCCCUGCCCCUAAACCCAUACAUCACCCAGUGCCCCUCCCAAACUACCCCUCCCAUUUUUUUCUGGAGUCAGCUAAAAUCAUGGGACACAUCUCUUCAUAAAGUCUCAUACUGUACUUUAUAAUGUGCUAUAUAUGCUAUUUUGAGACUUAUGACAGUCAUUAUUGAAGCCAGGUUUUACAGGAAGUGUUAGUUAUGUUAUUUACUCAACUAUUUCAUAUAUAUAAUAUAUAUAUAUAUAUAUAUAUACAGGGGUUGGACAAUGAAACUAAAACAUCUGUCAUUUUAGUGUGGGAUUUUAGGUUUCAUGGCUAAAUGGGAGCAGCCUGGUGUUCAAUCUUCAUUAAUUUCACAUUGCAGCAGUAAGAGCAGAGUGUGAAGGUUCAAUUAGCAGGGUAAGAGCACAGUUCUGCUCUAAAUAUUACAAUGCACACAACAUUAUGGGUGACAUACCAGAGUUCAAAAGAGGACAAAUUGUUGGUGCACGUCUUGCUGGAGCAUCUGUGACCAAGACAGCAAGUCUUUGUGAUGCAUCAAGAGCCACGGUAUCCAGGGUAAUGUCAGCAUACCACCAAGAAGGACCAACCACAUCCAACAGGAUUAACUGUGGACGCUGUAAGAGGAAGCUGUCUGAAAGGGAUGUUCGGGUGCUAACCCGGAUUGUAUCCAAAAAACAUAAAACCACGGCUGAUCAAAUCACGCAGAAUUCAAUGUGCACCUCAACUCUCCUGUUUCCACCAGAACUGUCCGUCACCACAAUCAAUUAUUGUGCUCUAAAACCAGGUGUUUCAGUUUCAUUCUCCAACCCCUGUAUAUAUACAGUAUAUAUCAUUAAACACAAACAAUAAUCAAUAAAUUGCAGACAAGGCCCACACUGAAUACCCCAGUAGGUUCUACAUAUGUAAUCUUAAAACAGUUUGAGAACCACUCAUUUAAAAUAUAUUUUUAGAUAUUUACAGUAUUUUGCAUGUGAAUGAUUUCUGCUUACAGGCGUAAUUGCAGUACUGGCACUGGCUGUAAUUUGGCUUUUUAUAUAUAUUCAUAAACGCCAGACUUAAUAGAACUUCAGAAAUCCAGCUUUUAAAAGCAGUUUUUUUUUUUUUUUUUAUAAAUCCAGGCUGUGCUGAAGCUGAAGUGCCGUGUACAUAAACUGCAGUGUUAUAAUUCUCAGACUUAUAUUGCUCUAUAAUUGGAGAUGUGGGACUGUUUUCAAUCAGGUUGUUGUGUCUAAGUAAAGGCUUGCUCCAUUAAUUACAUUUAUAUCGCUUUAAAGACCUCUGUUUUGUUUUAACAAUUCCCCUUUCAAUAAAACGGCAUAAAAUGUU